AUGAACUUUCAAACCGACCCGUAUAUAGAAAAACUAGCGGUGAAUGAAAAAGAAGAAACCUUUGGUCUUAUCAUAUGUGCAUUAUUUCAUGCUCCACAACCUCGUACAUUAGAUUUAUUUUAUAAUCGGUUAUUUCAUGAAUUUAAUUCUGUUUUGGAUGACGAUGAAAAACAAUCAAUCUAUUUGUAUCCGAACUAUGCGUUACACAUAACAAUCGCAACAUUAAUUAACUUUAAAACGAUGACUGGGUUGAAGAACGAAGAAGAACGAAAAAGUAUGAUAGAUCACUGGUCAGACAAAUCUAAAUUGAUGAAAGCUCGGAUGAGUCAGAUAAAAUCAUUUUAUAUUGAAAUUAAUAGUAUUCAGUUAUCACCUGCAGCUGGUUACAUUCAAUAUUCAGAUGCAAGCGACAAUCAAAUUCAACAACUUCGUGAUUACAUUAAGCAGACAUGUAUCAUUGAUAAUGAUAAUGAGCAAUUAUCAUCUCGCGUUCAUAUUCCAGAUAUUAUUCAUACAACAUUUUUAAGAUUCAAACAAAAUACGAUUAAAAAUUCACAGACGUUUAUAGAAAAAUUUCAGACAAUAAAUAACCGAUUAAAGGAACAACCAAUAAUCACGAUUGAGAUUGAUGAGAUAUGUAUAGCAUGUGAAACUCAUCCAUAUAUGCAUAUACCAAAUGAUUCUGACCAUGUUUUAAAGCAUAUUCAUUUAAUGAAAAGUAUCAAAAAUUAA